AGUAUAAACCUACCGUAAAUGUAGCUAAAUAUUUAUAAAAAUGUAGAGUUCGCAAUUAGUGAAUUGUUUAAAAAUGAUUAUAUUACUGUAGGUGCUACGAACUAUAGAAAAUUUAGUACACACUGUUAAUACUUCAUUGUAUUCAUAAUAAAUAAAUAAAUAACUCCGAGGUCUACCUAAAUUAUUCUUCAUUAAUUAUUAACCGCUCCUUCGUUUCAGCCUCAUCAAUAUCAAAUGUGAACAAUGUUCCAGUCAGAUGAAAAUGAUGUAUGGGAAGAUCUAUCAAAUAUUCCUGCUGAUCCACCAGUCAUGAGAGAUUUAUGUGUUAAUUGCCAGAGGCCGUCAGUAGUUUGUUGGUGUCUAGCACUUCCUUCUGAAAGACUAUCCCCAAGAAGCACCAUUAUACUUCUGCAGCAUCCAGCAGAAGAAAAAAGAUGUCUUCGAACAGCUCCCAUGCUACAAUUAGGCUUAGCCCCAAACAAGUGCCUUAUUUUUAAAGGGAAAAGAUUUCCUUCAUUGAAACAUGAAAAUUUAGAAAAACUUUUGACCCAACCCAACACGGUACUUUUGUAUCCUAGUAAAACUGCAAUUGACAUUAGAAGUUUAGAAUUAGUUUGCGACAAUUACAAUUUGGUGUUGAUAGAUGGAACAUGGCCACAGGCAAAGGCAAUCUUUGCCUCCAGUCCAAUACUCCACAAUUUAAGACACGUGAAAUUGAUGACCACUAAUACUAGUAGCUACAUCAUAAGAACACAACCCACAGAAGGAUGUCUCAGUACUUUGGAAACAGCAGCUGAAGCACUAUCUCAACUUGAAAAUAACUCCAUAUAUAGAGAACAACUUGUUCAACCACUCCAUAUAUUGUGUAAAUAUCAGUUGGAAAAUGGUGCUGUCACUCACCAGUCUAAAGAGUUUUUAAUAAAAACAAAUACAUAUCCCAAAUUGAUAGGAAAGAGAUUAUCAAAGUUACUUAGAUCAACAAGUGAUAAUAUUGAAGAAAAAGUAUAA